UUGUUUUCUAUAGCAGCAGCAACAAACAAAAACUUCUAAAUUUUUAAAGAAAAAGUGUGUAAAUGUUUCUUAAUAAAUUAAAAAGAAUGGAUUAAAAUAUGUCUUCACAAAAUAAUAUUCCUGUAAUCGCUAAAAAUGUCGAUAAUAAUGAACAAACACCAAAUAAAAUUGCAUAUACUCUCUUGGAAGAUUUGCAGAAGGAACAAAAUCUUUUGACAAAUGAUUUUCCUAUUUGCAAACAAUUGAUUGAGGGAGCUUUAGAGCGUUUCUAUGCUACUGGUAUAGCCCCUGGCUGUGAAUUGUAUGCUGAUGUUUUAAAUCAAAAACUUAUUAAAAUUCAUCAGAAACUAGUACUGCCUACUAAUUUAAAUAAAAUAAAUUUCACGGUGAAAGAAAGGUGCUUAAAACAACUUGAGGAUAAGACACAAUGUAAGAUUCAAAUCAAAGGACGUAAUUCCAUGCUGGACACGACUAUGGAAGAAGAACUAAGACUAUCAGGAGAUGUGCGUUACAAACACUUGAAACGAAAUCUGUAUUUAGAACUAACUACGGAGGCUACUCCCAUAGAAUGUUAUACACGCAUGGCUCAUGCUUUAGCUGAAAUACGUUUUCUAAUACUCGAUAAAAAUGAGCUGCUAUUUGAAGAUGAAUUAAGUGAAGAGAUAAAAAUUGAAACAGAAGUAACGGGUGAGCGUUUGGAUCAUGACCCCCUUCAAAUAGUUUUUAAUGAACCUAUGCCAGCGCCAGACAUAAAUAAACCCCAGACAGUAGAAACCAAAACUCCUAUGUUUAGCUUAGCUAAUAAACUUAUUAAGUUAUUAGACGAAACAGUUUUAAAUCCCAAUUUUCAACAGACAGAAGAGGAAAAUACGAAUAUAUCCCAAAACAUAGAUAGUUUUAUUGCUUCCAAAGAGCCCAUCAACAACUUCUUGUCAACAGCUAGUAGUACUAACGUGGAAACUAUAAAUAUAACAAACCCUUCUAUAAAAACUCGAUCACAAAGUAAAAUUAAAAAUUUAAAUAAAACAAAAAAACGUAUAACAAAAAGAAAACUAACAAAAUCUACUUAUAAAACUAAGUUGGUUAAAACAAGUUUUAAAGCCAAGAAUAGUUUUGCUGGAAUCUUUUAUAUAAAAGAUAAAACUACUAAUAAAAUUAUAAAACGUCAAAUUUUCAAUAAAACAACUUUAAGCCGCUGUCUUAAAAGAUCCGAUAAAGAAAUAACACAGACAGAUAACGAAGUUUUAUGUGAACCGUUCACUAUAGAUUAUUUGCAAAAAAAUCCCACAGAGAUUGUUUUUGAAUAUACUCCGCGCGAUAUAAUAAUCUCUUUACUAGACACUAUGAAAAACUAUCCAGUUUUGUGGGAAUUUCAUAAUAAACCUUUCAAUGAAGACUUUAAUGAAGCAAUUGAAGAUUUAUGCCAAGAAAUCAAUAAUAAAUGGUCACUACAAAUAGAUUCUUUGAAAAUGCGUCGCAGCAUUAAUCGUAUAUUAAGAUUUUAUCGUUUUUUGUUUCCCUUUGAAAGUAUGGAAAAGUUUUCAGACUAUUUUGAAAUAUGUGCUGGCUUUAUGCCCUCCACUGUAAAUGAAAUACCGUAUGCUCGCUGUUCUCACUGUUUUCUCUGUUUUAAAUAUGAUUCUGAGUUAAGAAGACAUUUGUCGGACGAACACAAGUCUUUAAAUUAUCAUUACAAAUGUAAAUACUGUGGAGAACGUUACGCCGAUAGUCAGGAAUAUGAAUUUCACAAACAUCUGCCACAUUAUGAGGAAAUAUUUCACUGUGAUCAUUGUCACGAAAGAUUCAAUCGUCGGAAUUAUUUAACAAGGCAUUUAAUCAAACAUGAAACAAAUCCGGUGGAACGUAGGAAUCAUGUCUGUGACCUUUGUGGUAAAAAAUUUAAAUCGGGCAGCGAGUUGAGCAAUCACAAAUUAUAUCAUGAAGAAAAAAAAUUCAAAUGUAAUCUGUGUUCGAAGUCCUAUUUUAAAGACUUCACUCUUAUGUUACACAUGAAGACUCAUCGCAAUCAAUACGAUUUUAUAUGUGAAGUGUGCGGCAAGGCAUUUACGCAACAAAAACUUCUGAAUGAACAUUUGGUUAUACACAAUGACAUACAAAUCACAUGUAAUAUUUGUAAUUUAAAAUUAAGAAAACGUAAUCUCUUGCGUCAUCUGCGUAGUAUACAUGUGGCGGUUGAGGGCACUAUUGAAAGUACAUUUCGAGCAAAAGGUCAUCGUCACAAUGAACUCAUGGGUAAAAAGCGGGUCUUUAAGCCUAGAACUAAAUCAGGAAAAAUUUCAAAUCAUUCUAUCGAACCGAAUGCCAGACAAUAUAAUUGUAAACUAUGUAAUAUACCCUUUGAACGUCUCAAAUUCCUUAAGGAACACAAUGUGGAAUGUCAUACAAAUAUAAAUAAAGUAGCGUGUAAAAUAUGUGAUUCCCAUUUAAUCCAUAGAAAUAAUAUAAGAAGACACUAUCGUGAAAAGCAUAAGAUCGAUGAUGAUAAAAUUGAUAGCAUUCACGAUGAGGAAACAGAUAAUGAUAUCGUACUCUCAAUGACAAUAGAAAAAAUGGGAGAACUUUAGAACUUAAGCCAAAGGAUAUAACUUAAGCAGUUAUCAUUCAUUCAAACCGUUUUUUCUUUCUUUAUUUUUACAAACCAAACUCUAAUACAAAAAAUAUGUUUGAAGAAAAAAUUAUUAAUAUAUUUUAUACCAUGAUUUUAAUUAAACAGAAUAUGAACAGGGGUUUCAAGAAACAAGUCGAAUAAAAUAAGGACCGAUUUUAACCAUUUUCAAUAGAAAGUGAUUCUUGGCCGAUUUAAGGUGGGUGUAGAACCAAUAUUUUUGGGUGUCACAAACAUCAAGACAAAUGCAUAAUAACACUCCCUAAUCCUAAUACAUAUAUAAAAUAUUGUUCAAAUGCUUUAAGCCUAAAGAAAUACUUCAUUAUUUAGUUAAUGUAAUAACGCCAGAACUAUUCCAUAAAUUGGAAGAAAUAGUCCCACGACGAUUGGAAGUUGUUUUUAAAAACAAAGGCUACUAUACAAAAUAUUAAUUUAAUUUUAAUUAAUUAUUUUUACUUCAUAAUGGUAAUCUAAAUAUGAUGCAUACAAAAAAUUCGAAUACUUUAGUAAAGCUAUUUUAUGCACUUUUUAAAAAAAAAGGCUAAAUUAGUUUAAGUAAAUUAUUGGACAAAAUAAUAAAUUUAUUUUUUUUUGAAUACUUA